GGGAGCACCUGCGGAUCUGCCCACAAGGCUAUACCUGCUGCACCAGCGAGAUGGAGGAGAACUUCGCAAACAAAAGCCGAAGCGAAUUUGAAGCCAUGGUGAAAGAGGCUGGUCGCUCUGUGCAGGCAACCCUGACAGCGCAGCACAGGAGCUUUGACAGUUAUUUCCAGGAUUUGUUGAACAAGUCGGAGAAAGCCCUUUAUGAUGCUUUUCCAAGCAUGUACGGAGAAUUGUACACUCAAAACAUGAAGGUCUUCAAGGACUUGUACAGCGAGCUACGCCGCUAUUACCGGGGCUCCAACAUUAACUUGGAAGAGGCCCUCAAUGAGUUCUGGACACGCUUGCUGGAGCGGCUCUUCAAGGUGAUGAAUCCCCAGUACCAUAUCACAGAUGAGUACCUGGACUGCAUGGUGAAACACGCAGAGCAGCACAGACCCUUUGGGGAAGUUCCCAGGGACCUGAAGGUGAAGGCAACCCGAGCCUUCAUCGCAGCACGCUCCUAUGCGCAGGGCUUUCUUGUGGGCAGCGACGUGGUCAAAAAAGUGUCUCAGGUGUCUCUCAGCCAGGAGUGCACUCGCGCCAUCAUGAAGCUGACAUACUGCCCACACUGCCAGGGCAUGGCCAGCGUGAAGCCAUGCAACAACUACUGCCUGAACGUCGUGAAGGGCUGCCUGGCCAACCAAGCGGACCUGAGCACCGAGUGGAAGUACCUGAUGGAUUCCCUGAUCGUGGUGGCUGAUCGGAUUGAUGGACCAUACAACGUAGACACUGUAAUAGGGACCAUUCACAUGAGGAUUGCUGAAGCUAUUUCUAACUUGCAAGAAAACAAAGAUUCCAUCACAGCCAAG